AUCUCACGGCGAACGAUGAAGCACAUCUUCAAGAAGCUACACAGAGGCGGCAACCAGGAUCAGAAUCGGAUCAACGAUGCAUCUCCACCGCCGUCGGAUCAGAACCGGACACAAACCGCCGCGAAUAAUCCUCAACCAGCCUCAACGGAGGCGAUUCCGGCGAGCGGAACCGCAUCUUCGGCGACCUCUCCCUCUCCAGUCUCCGCCACGAACCGCUCCGAUUACAUAUCGUCAGAGGAGGAGUACCAAGUCCAGCUAGCCCUAGCGAUCAGCGCGUCGAACUCUCACUCUCACUCCGGCGAGGAUCCGGAGAAGCAUCAGAUCCGAGCCGCGACGCUUCUGAGCUUAGGGAGCCAUCAUCGGAUGGAUCCAAGGAGGGACUCGUCGGAGGUUAUCGCGCAGAGGCUAUCGAGACAGUACUGGGAAUAUGGUGUGCUUGACUACGAGGAGAAGAUCGUCGAUGGUUUCUACGACGUUUACAGUCUCUCCACAGACUCAGGGAAGCAGGGAGAUAUGCCGUCGUUAGAAGAUCUCGAAAGCAAUCGAGGGACACGUGGAUUCGAAGCUGUGGUUGUGAAUCGUCCCGUUGAUACUUCUCUGGACGAGUUGCUGCAGAUUGCACAAUGCAUUUCGCAGGAUUGUCGUUCUACUAGUGUUAACGUGCUGGUAGAGAGGCUGGCUGAGCUUGUCACAGGGCAUAUGGGUGGAUCUGCGGAGGAUUCUAGUAUUGUAUUGGCGAGGUGGACUGAGAAAAGCAGCGAGUACAAGGCUGCGUUGAACACUUGUGUAUUCCCUCUUGGAUUUGUGAAUAUUGGUCUCUCCAGGCAUCGUGCUCUGCUUUUCAAGGUUUUGGCAGAUAGUGUGCAGUUACCUUGUAGGUUGGUGAAAGGUAGCCAUUACACUGGGAACGAGGAUGAUGCUGUGAACACGAUAAGACUUGAAGAUAAUAGAGAGUACUUGGUCGAUCUUAUGACAGAUCCUGGGACGCUUAUACCUGCCGAUAUUUCAAUUGAGCCAAAUAACUCACAUGGAAACAAACUUCCCACUGCUCAGUUGUCAAAUGACUUUCGGCACUCAGCGCCAAAGCUUUCAGAAGGUGAAGGCAGUAGUCAGAGUUCUAUAGCUGACAAUAAUUCUUCUUCGGAUAGAAAGCCAGAGUCUGGAAUCAGGAAUACAGAUUUGAGAGCUUCACCUUCUAGCGUAACUAGUUCGAGCCAGUUGGAGAAUAUUUCCUUGAAUACAGUUGCAAAGGGAAGUCGAGGAGCCAUAAAUGAUAGUGCAAGAACAAACGUGAAUAUAGUUCCAUACAAUCAGAACACUGAGGAAGACCCAAAAAACCUUUUCGCAGACCUUAACCCGUUUCAGAAUAAGGGAACCGACAAGCUGUUCAUGCCAACUAAAUCAGGUUUGAAUAAUGUUGAUGAUUUUCAUCAACCAAAAAAUAAUCCUCUGGUUGGUAAGUCUCCUGCACCAAUGAUGUGGAAAAAUUACAGUUGCAAUGAAGCCCCAAAGCGAAAAGAGAAUAUUCUACCGAAACUCCACCGUGAUCCUCGUUAUGGCAACAAUAAUUCCUCAUACGCUACCUCAAGCUCUGGUGUAGCGGUUUCGUCAAAUUUGCCUGGCAGAAACAAUGCGACUUUUGUGCCACCAGUUGCUGCACCACCACCCUUCACUUCCACUGGAAAUCAGCUCACACCAAGUAUGGUAGAGGAUAUGAAUAGAAACACCAACAGUGAACUAGAUCACCAGCCUAAUGCUUUUGUUGGGGUACAUGGAUACCAAAAGGAUGAAUCUAACGUUGAAGAUCAUAGAAAGUACACGAGUGAUGACAUAUCUACUGGGUCUGAUCCGAGGCUGAAGGAUCAUGAAAGUACAAGUUCCUCUCUUGAUUCUACAUCCUACCGGAAUGAUCCUCAAGUUCUUGAUGAUGCUGAUGUUGGUGAUUGUGAAAUCCCUUGGAAGGAUCUUGUGAUUGGGGAGAGAAUAGGAUUAGGAUCCUACGGGGAGGUCUAUAAUGCUGACCGGAAUGGAACGGAAGUUGCUGUCAAGAAAUUUUUGGACCAGGACUUCUCAGGUGCUGCUUUGGCCGAGUUCAGAAGAGAAGUACGCAUUAUGCGAAGAUUACGACAUCCAAAUGUUGUUUUCUUCCUUGGGGCGGUUACUCGUCCUCCGAACCUUUCCAUCGUUACAGAGUUUUUGCCAAGAGGAAGCUUGUAUCGCAUCCUUCAUCGGCCCAAGUCUCAGAUUGACGAGCGGCGCCGGAUUAAAAUGGCCCUUGAUGUGGCAAUGGGGAUGAAUUGCUUGCACACCAGCACACCAACAAUUGUUCAUCGUGAUUUGAAAACACCAAACCUUUUGGUUGAUAACAACUGGAAUGUUAAGGUCGGUGAUUUUGGGUUGUCUCGCUUAAAGCACAAUACUUUCUUGUCCUCAAAAUCAACCGCUGGAACGCCCGAAUGGAUGGCUCCAGAGGUUCUACGCAAUGAGCCCUCAAAUGAAAAGUGUGAUGUGUACAGCUUUGGAGUGAUUCUAUGGGAACUAGCAACAUUGAGAUUGCCAUGGAGAGGAAUGAACCCAAUGCAAGUAGUAGGAGCGGUUGGUUUCCAGAAUCGUAGGCUGGAGAUACCAAAGGAACUUGAUCCUGUGGUGGGAAGGAUCAUCUUGGAAUGUUGGCAAACGGAUCCGAAUCUGAGGCCGUCCUUUGCUCAGCUGACUGAAGUGCUGAAGCCUUUGAACAGGCUCGUGCUUCCUUCACCACAGUAGUUUCCAACUGUGAAUAUACGAAAGACCCGGUUGAUCAUAUACAAUUAUGUGCCUCAACAGCGUAGAUUUGAGGAAUGUAAAUGAAAUCACUUAACUAUAUAUUAUAUUGUGUUGGGUGUAUUUGUUAUAGAAAAAAGCCGCGAUGCUGUGGUUUAUUAUAUUUUGGCUCAUCGAUCAGAAGCCAAAGCUUUUCCAUCAAAAUCAUCAUUCCAAUAAUAAUAUAAUCCGAUUUUAUUGAUGGUGUUCUAUUGUAAAAUGUAAUUAUGUUGUUUGAUUUGUGUUACCAAUCAAACCAAACAUUAGUGUGUAUUAUUGAUCAAAGGCAACUAAUGUCCAGUAAACAACUAUUGAGUUUAUUGUU